CAGAUCUCAAUCUAACACAGCACUUCACUCUGUGAAAAAAUGUCAGAUUUAUAACAUGAACGUCCAACGGUCGAUAUGGACCAGGACGUCUUAGCAAUGUUUUCAGAACUUUGUUAAAUUCAUGCCUUGAGAAAAACAAUCUGAUGUGUGCAUUAAGUAUUGUGAGAAAAUCUAAAUAAAGUUAUGAAGGCUGAAUUUAUCUGUGCAUGACACUGAUGUCUGCUACUCGCAUCUUCUGUACAAACCUGUGGCUGAAACUUAAAGAUGUUUUCCUCAUGCAUGUAUUUUUAUCUUAUCACCAAACUGUGGUUACAUGAUGAUGAUUCUGCAAAACUUGAUGAUCAACAGUUGCUUGAUAUAUUAGAUAAUCUGAUAUGAAUUGCGUGCAUGGUAAAAUGUCUGGUUUUAUCUUCCUGGUAUGAGUCCCCUGACCCAGUAUUUAAAUCAGAAGACAACUUCACUGUGCUCACACAUCGCUUGACUGAACAGUGACUACAAUGAGCAUCUUUUGGUUUAUAACUACACUGCUACUGCUGCACUUCUGCACCCCAGGUGUCGGCAUGGAUCAUGGUAUCGUUGGCGGUAAGAUGUCCAUUCCACACAGCCGCCCAUACAUGGUCUACAUUCGUGACAAACAAACAUAUUCAGCAUGUGGUGGAUUUUUGUUAAGAGAAGAUUUCGUGAUGACGGCUGCCCACUGUAAUAGAAAGCAUCUCAUUGUGUAUUUGGGUGUUAAUGACACAAAUGAUUUACCUGAGGGUAUAGAGGUCGAUGUCUUUCAACAUAAAGGUUUUGUGGACAAAAAGCCAGGUGAUGACAUCAUGCUACUAAAGCUUAAAACUCCAGCAAUUCUGAACAAGACUGUGAAUAUCAUUGCCCUGCCAAAGACUAAUAGAGAGGAAAUUUCAAGUAACUGCAUGGCCAUGGGUUGGGGGCGACUGAAAUACAAUGAGAAGUCUCCAUCAAGCGUCUUGAGAGAAGUGAACUUGACUCUUUUAGACUCUGAAAAGUGUGCCAGACCUCACACUUUAUGCACUCAGGAAGACGCCGGGCCAGCACUGGGAGACUCUGGCAGUCCACUUAUUUGUGGAAAUGAGGCAGUGGGCAUUGUGUCUUACUACAUAACGAAUGAGUUUACAAGCUACCUUACAAUGUAUACUAAAAUCUCUCAUUACCUUCCAUGGAUUAAUGAAACCAUGAAUCCAACUCUUUAAUGCAGCAUGAACCAUGGAAGGCAAAGCUGGACAAACUCAACAUGUUUGUUUUUAAGGCAUUUCUGAUUUAUGAAAGCUCUUCAUCUGCAAUUGAAUGUAUUAGAUUAAAAUAAAGAUAACCCUUAGCAUUGCAUAAGUCUGUUAGAAUGAUUUCCGCAGUUACAAUCUACAUGAUCUACAGAAGUUGCAUUGCAAAUGUUCACAGCAGAC